CGUCAGAAAUGUCUCCACACUCACUUUACACUGUCACUACACAGACCAUAGUUGGCGUGUAGACAUGACGUAUGUGUUUGACACCAGCUUCUGCAGGGCACGAGUUCCUCCCGCUGUUUCCUGCAGCUAAUCCCGUCAUUUCAAACAUACCAAUCGUACAACUGGACGUAAACAGCGACACAAUGUCCCUCUCAUUAUAGCUGAACUCACACCAGGGCCCCGGAUAGCCUCACACCAGCCCUUACUCUGGAUAAAAGAUGUAAUCCCGUCAAGAUCUGAUCCUCGAUCUACAUCGGUGUGUUCCACACAUCUCAUCGUUACACUGAAGUAUGGAAUACGCCAAACUGUUCAGAAAAACUGACAUUUUAUCAAAUGAUGUCGCCAAGAAGGCAGAGGUUGAGUUAAAUGAGACUCCCGAGAGAAGAGCAACAUCUUUACAAGAGUUACGGGACUUGCUCGACAGUGGCCUGUGUUCCGAUUGCUCCAGGGACCAACAGAUAUCCGAACACUUCUGCGGAACAUCCGACCUGUUCCUCUUUGGGUUCCUGAGAGCUAAGAAAUAUGAUGUCCAGAAAGCCUACGAAUUGUUGGAAUCUUAUCUGAAAUUCAGAGAGAAGUAUCCGGAUCUGACGUCAGAGCUGAGCCUCGAUUCCGUGAGACCAGCUUUAGAGAGGGGCUAUCCCCGGGUGCUUCCAGCCAGGGAUAAUCAGGGGCGAAUAGUGUUCCUGUUCUCCAUCGGGUCAUGGGAUGCUGCGGAAGUACCGUUCGAUGACGUCAUGCGGGCGUACAUCUACCUGCUGGAGGUCCUGCUGGAGAACGCGGAGAACCAGGUGUCUGGGUUCGUCAUCGUGGAGAACUUCCACCAGUACACACUCAGCCAGGCCAUGUCUCUCAAACCCUCCGACCUGCAGAAGAUGGUCAGCAUGCUGCAGGGUGCUUUCCCAAUACGGUUCAAAGGUGUUCACUUUUUGUAUCAACCCUGGUAUUUUUCCUGGACAUACGCACUCGUUCGACCCUUCAUGAAAACCAAGAUGACAGAGAGGGUCCACAUUCACGGUUCGAACCUCGAAAAGUUUCACCAAGCGUUGGAUCCGUGCACUCUGCCACCAGACUUUGGAGGUAACGGACCAGAGCUCUCUCCCAUAGAAAUGAUUACCUUGCUGGAGAAAAAUGGGGAAUUAUAGACAAUGUUAGAGUUAUGUCAAUAUAACAAUAGCCCCCCAAAAACAAUGUACACGUAUUCAACACGACCAUGUUCCUAAAUAAAAUAAACGGAACCAAAAUG